UGUCAAUCCACAAGCCGGAACUACGAGUAUCAGGACCCUCUGUGGCGCAAAAAUGGAGGAUAACAUUAAGGACCCCAGUCGACCUCAGAUGUAUUUAUUUGGUUGCUCAUUGAAAGCUGGUAAGAAAGAGCACAAAGUUGAGUUGGAUGAUGAUGAGGCUGAACAUCAGCUGUCACUCAAGGCGGUGUGUUUGGGUGCUGAGGCGGAGGAUAAAUUCCACACCGUGGAAAUGGAGGGAUUGACUUACGAUGGCAAAACGACCAAAAUCACUCUUGCUGUACUGAAGCCAUCCGUUCUGCCCUCUCUAAGUCUGGGAGGUUUUGAGGUCACGCCUCCUGUGUCCUUCCGCCUGCAGUCCGGAGCGGGGCCGGUCUACAUCAGCGGUCAGCAUUUCGUCAGUGUGAAGGAAUCAGAUGAUGAGGAUGAGGAAGAGGAGGAGAAUAAUACAUCACCAGUGAAGAGACCGUCCAACAUGACCCUUGCAAAAGUGCCUCAGAAAAAGCUGAAAAUGGACACAGAUGAAGACGAGGAUGAGGAUAGUGAUGAGGAUGAUGAUGAUGAUGACGACGACGAUGAUGAUGAUGAAGAAGACGAUGAAAACCCUGUUGAAAAGAGCCCCAUCAAAACCCCUCAAAAAACCCCAGAGAAGAAGAAAAGUGCAGAUAAGCAGAACGGCUCUCCAGACAAGAAAGCGGGGACAUCAGGGAAGCCCCAAACACAGACACCACAGAAAGUAAAAGACAAGUCUGCAGCAGGGCCUUCUGGGAAGACUCCCAGCACUCCCAACCUGAGUGAGGUCAAAAGCAAACUUACAUCAACAGCUAAAGAGGGGAAGCCGCUUCCAAAGACAGAACAGAAGUUUGAGAACUACGCUAGAAGUGCUUUCAAGAUCUCUGAUAAACAAGUGAUCAAAGACCUUUGGAACUUUUUACAGUCACUAAAAAAGUAAUGGCUGCUCUGCGCUCCCCUUCCCGUCCCGGUGCAGCAGAAGUCUGGGGUGAGCCAGUAACGGUACUUCAGCUGUACGAUCUGGCCUUUUCCCAUCUUAACGUGAUCCGCCUGCUCUCUUCUCUCACUUUCAAGAUGGAUAGAGCAGAAGGAGCCUCAGCAAUGGCAGAGAUAUCAUGCAUCAUGUUUUUUAUGUCUAUUUCUUUUAAUUAUGGAUGUUUUUGUAAAGUCCACAGUGGUUUCUUAGAAGAACAUUUAAUGGGAUGUUUUGCUAAAACAGUUAUAAUUUUAAAAGAGAAUCUGGGUGUUUUUGUGAGCAUCACUCUUAAAUAGAAAAUAGAAAACCAAUAUUGGUUGGUGCUGGUUUAUCACAAUUUUAGUUUUAGUUUUUUCGUGAGGCCAUUUGAAAAAAAAACAAACUAAACAAAAACACAACACUUGAAUGUUAUCUUGAGCUAAAUAUAUUUUUUGCACUACCGCCCCAAGACCAAUUUGCUUCUUGUGUAUAUUUGAAACCAUAAUCACUGUAAAUCGUCCGCUUAAUUUCUUCAUGUGAAGAUGGCAGCUGAAGUGUAGUAAUGCUAAAGAUUCAGUCACGUUCUGAUUGUUCUGUCUGAUUAAAGAUUCCGUCUAGUUCACAGUAUUCCAUGCAGCCCUCAGGAUUCUGCCUUGCAGCAAUUCCCAUGGCCUUCAACAUUAAAACAAUUAUAAUACAAUUAAUUAUCAAUUAAUACAAUUACCAGUUAAUACAAUUAAGUGCUAUAGACUCCUAUUAAAAUCCUCUUGAGAAGCACGGCCAGAAUAUUAUACCUUGUUAAAAAGAUGAUUGUUAGUACGUUUAAUUGAUUUGAUGUUUUAAAAUCCGGCUUUUGCUUUUUAUGUUGUUUUUGUCAUUUUUAUUUUUAUCUUUUCACUAAGCCAUUUUAAUUUGCUAGCACAAAUAGUUAAAACCUUGAAAUAUAUGUAGGUUUUUUGUUUGUUUGUUUGUUUUUUGAAAGUAGAAGAUCUGUUUUAAUUCGAAUGUCAUGUUGUGUUGCCCUGUGUAAUUGGGUCAAGCGUGUUUUUUUUUGUUCUUUUCUUUUUUGUCCCACAAAGUAUAUGCUGCAAACAAGCAGUGUAUUGCAACUAAACUGUAUUGUUCCAUUAUGAUCAACAAAAUGGUUUAUAAUGCAGUCGCACAGUGCUGCUUGUUUGUUGAUGUUGAUUACUUUGGGAGCAGUUAAAUUUUGUUGCAUCAUUCUGCUCGCUUGCAUUGUUAGAUUAGGUUCCUUUCUUAAAUGGAAAAGGAGGUAAUCAAGCUUUAGUUAAUCUGUGAAAUAAAUACUGUAUAUCAA